AUGAUGUCUUUAUACUCGGCGCAGAUCUUCCUCCAGAAGACUCUUUACCACGUCCAUACCGAGUUGUACAAAGUUGAAGAACAUGACCAGGGUUACUGGUCUUCCACUAAAGUGGAUAUCUUGAGCAGCAUACUUGAGCAGUGGCGAAGUAUACUCCCCGAUUUCCUGAGAUGGGAAGAUGGGGAUCCUCCAUCGGACGAUAUCAAAGUUGCCAAUAUGCGGUCUGAGUAUUAUAGUGCCCGCUACCUUAUUUACCGGCCUAUCCUGUAUUACGUUCUCCACCUCGCGCGACAACCAAAAGUCCCUGUUUCUGGUGCCGUAAAGUCCUGCUCGAAGUCGCAGCAGGUCGCUCUUUCGAUUACACAAAGCCAGAGUGCUACCAGCAUGGCGCGCCUGUCCAGCGAGGUUCGGCCUGCGCUAAAUCCGCCGCCCUCGGAUCAGGCCGGAGGUGAGGGUCCGUAUACGUACCGCGAGCUACCGUCGGAACUGCGUCAUGCAUGCAAAAUUUGCAUCGAUUCUGCGAUUUUAAGCACGGAGGCUUUUGAUGGCAUCAAUGGUCGACCAGUGGUCACUAAUAUCUUUGGAAUGGGUCAUGCACGAUUUGGUAAAAUGCUGGUUCUGUUAGCAACCCAUAAUUCCCGCCUAUCAGAGUUAGUGGAGCGAAAAGCCCUCCAGCGGCUUCUUCAGGGAGCAAUCAAAUCCCUACUGCAGAGUCGUUACACCUCUCCUACUCUGCGAAUCAACGCGGAAAUCCUCGGCGAUGUUUACGAAAGGGUUUUCGGGGAGCCCGCUACUGUCUCACAAGUAGGGACGUAUUGA